UGAUCCAUCACUGCAGUUCUGGGUUUGCCAUGACCGUGUCCUGCCCACAUUUGCUGACCCUUCUCUCGCUGUCUGUUUUAUGCUGCAGGUUGGAGGCUGGCCGUGACCAUGUCCUGCCCAUUGACUAUUACUUCCCACCUCAGAAGACCUGUUUGAUCUGUGGAGAUGAAGCGUCCGGGUGCCAUUACGGAGCCCUCACGUGUGGGAGCUGCAAAGUGUUCUUCAAACGGGCAGCUGAAGGUAAACAGAAGUACCUCUGUGCCAGCCGGAACGACUGCACCAUCGACAAGUUCCGAAGGAAAAACUGUCCCUCCUGCCGCCUGCGGAAGUGCUACGAGGCUGGGAUGACUCUCGGAGCCCGCAAGCUGAAGAAGCUGGGUAACCUGAAGGCACAGGAUGACAUGGAGGGAGCCAGCUCAUCCAGCCCCACGGAGGAGCAAGCUCCCAAGCUGGUGAUGACACGCAUUGACGGCUACGAGUGCCAGCCCAUCUUCCUCAAUGUCCUGGAGGCCAUCGAGCCUGGUGUGGUGUGUGCUGGCCAUGACAACAGUCAGCCUGACUCCUUCUCCAACCUGCUGACCAGCCUGAAUGAGCUUGGGGAGCGGCAGCUGGUCUACGUGGUCAAAUGGGCAAAGGCCCUGCCAGGAUUUCGCAACCUGCAUGUGGAUGACCAGAUGUCAAUAAUCCAGUACUCUUGGAUGGGCCUGAUGGUGUUUGCUAUGGGGUGGAGAUCUUUCACCAAUGUCAAUUCCAGGAUGCUUUACUUCGCUCCAGACCUGGUCUUCAAUGAGUACCGCAUGCACAAAUCCAGGAUGUACAGCCAGUGCAUCAGAAUGCGGCACCUCUCCCAGGAAUUUGGGUGGCUUCAGAUCACACCCCAGGAGUUCCUCUGUAUGAAGGCUCUCCUCUUCUUCAGUAUUAUUCCAGUGGAUGGCCUGAAGAACCAGAAGCUCUUCGAUGAGCUCCGCAUGAAUUACAUUAAGGAACUUGACCGUAUCAUUGCCUGCAAGAGGAAGAACCCCACCUCCUGCUCCCGGAGGUUUUACCAGCUCACCAAGGUCCUGGACUCCGUGCAUCCGAUUGCCAAGGACCUGCAUCAGUUUACAUUUGAUCUCCUAAUCAAGGCACACAUGGUGAGCGUGGACUACCCAGAAAUGAUGGCCGAGAUCAUCUCUGUGCAGGUUCCCAAGAUCCUGUCUGGAAAAGUCAAGCCUAUCUACUUCCACGCACAGUGAUCUUUCAGAGGGACCCCCGUGCUGCCACCCCCAUUCCAGCCAUCUCCUGCCUGUUACUUCUGCACUACUGUCCUGCAGUGCCUUGGGGAAUCCCUCUGUGGUGGUGGCCAAGGGGACAGGCAGUGACAGACCUGCUGGGAUUCCUGAGAUUACUAUUUUCCUGAGGUACCUCUGAACUGAACCCUGGCACCGGCCUCUGCCUGGCUCCAGCUGCUCACUGGGCUGGACAGGGGCAGGCGGGGCAGCGGCACCACGUCUGAGUGUUCUCCUGUGUCACUGUGACUCCAGCAGCCCAGGGCCAUGGGACAGCAGGAGAAGUGCCGGCUGUUGGUGGGUUUUGGGUGAUUUUUAUAAAAAGAACAAUAUGAAGCAGGUCGCAGCUCCGCAUUUGGCUGUGGGUUAUGUUGCCAGCCUCCUUCCCCAUGUUUUGUUUGCAUUAUGGUGCUGGGAAGCAGGUAAGUUCAAACACUGCAGAAGAGAAGCAGAGCAGAGCUGGGGGACAAGGCAGAUUUGUGGCUGAGGAGUUCACGAGCCCUGCAGGCCCUGUGGGAUCUGCUCCGGUCAGCUCGGCCCUGGGACCUGCCUGUGCUGCCGAGACACGAGCGAUGGAGCGGAUGGGCUGCAGCCUAAGGCCUGCCAAGGAAGAUCACCUUGGAAAUCCCCCAGCAGUGGCUGGCUCCUGUUUUCCACCUGGGAUGUUUUUCCUAUGGCCUGUCCAGCUGGGUCUUUGUCUGCCCCACAGACCCCCAGCUGCUCAGCAGUCACAUUCCUGUCCUCGCCAGCUGCUGCUCAUUGACAAAGCUGAACCCACCUCUGGAAGUGCCUGAUGCCCUCGGACCUCACCUGCCUGGCUCCCCUGGGCACCUGCGGCCCCUGCCCUGCACCUGCAGCUCCUGCCCCCACACCUGCUCUGCUCCUGUUGUGGCUCUGCAGACCCGGGAUUCCAGCUAUGCUCUUCCCCUUCAUUCGCCCCUAAUAUUUUGUCCCAACUAUUUUUUCCAAUGCCAGCAGAUGAGUGUUCUGGAGCCAAGACCAAGGCCAAGGUCUGUGGGACCUGUGGGACCUGUGGGACCAUGGGACUCCUCUCUGAAUCCUGUCCAUGGGAAAAUGGUUGUGGGAACUGGCUGGUGCCACCAUGGUGCUUUGGGGGCUGGAAGGGAAGCACCAAGAGACCUCCUGCCCCUGGAAGCACCACACACAGCUCCUGCUGAUAGCAGUGGCUGCAGCCCAGGAGGACACCAUCAUGCACUCACUGUCCCAUGUACAUGGUCCUGUAUGCACCACACCACCCAUCCAUCCCUGACAACCACCCCUUACACACCAUCCAUCUAUUACACACCAUCCCUUACACACAAUCCAUCCCUUGCACACCAUCUAUCUCUUACACACCAUCCCUUACACACCAUCCAUCCCUUACACACUAUCCCUUACACACCAUCCCUUACACACCAUCCAUCCCUUACACACCAUCCCUUACACACCACCCAUACACUAUCCACCCCUUACACACCAUCCCACACACACCAUCCCUUACACACCACCCCACACACACCAUCCCAUGUGCAUCACCCCACACACACCCAGCCUGUCCCCAGCACACACACAGCAGCCAAGCCUAUUUUCCCUGUGGUAUUUUAGUUCCCCUCUUCUGCAUGUCCUGAGUACAUCAAAACCACCUGCUCAGACCCAGACAGGCUGGUUCCAGGGUCACACAUCCCAUCAUGGGCUGUGACAUGUCUGGCAUUACCAAUCCAGACAUUCACAAGGGAUCCUUGUGAUGGCACAGACAAACAGCAAACUCUGGACCCUCCCAGGACAGUGGUCCCACCCAGAGCCCUAUGCCCACCCCAUGCCCAGCUCUCAAGGAAAUGCUAUCAUGGUGAGUGGCUCCUUUACAUACUUGGAGUAAAACAAACUAUUUCCCUGAUACUUUCCAACCAUUUGAUGGGGUUUUCUUUAUAUGAAGGAGUGGGAAAAAAAGCCCAUAUUGAAGGGAGGAUUUUUGCAGUGGUUUUCCUUCUUCUGCUAGAUAUGGCUCUGAUGCCACUCCUCCUCCUAAAAUCCUCUCAUGUAGGCAGCAACAGAAUCCAUAGAUGAACUUUCUGACUGGUUGCUGCUCUCAGAGGCUCCCCCAUGCCAGGGGCUGCUGGCAUUUCCAGUGCUGGUGUGAGCUACAGAUAUUUGCAAAUGAACCAGUAAAAAAUUCCAGCUGGUGCAUCCCUGUCUUCUGGAAAUUUCCCUGGCUCUUCACAGCAGAGUUCAGUGAGCAGAUGAGUGGGGAUUCCUAGUCCCUGUUAUCAGCUCAGGGUGGCUCCAAGCAGUUGGAACAGCAGUUUGGGAGUGCUUUGUGCUUCACACAGGCUCAUGUCAGUGAAGGUUUUGUUGGUUAAUGAGUGUCCUGCUGGGUGUUAAUCUGCUGGGAGACUGGAAAGAGGCCAAACCUAACAAGGAUUUGGCCACCGUGUUUUGCUAAUGGGAGCACCAUGUGAAUGAGAAAUAGGGGAGUGGAGAAAGGAUACUGCCCGUGUAUCACCUGCCCCGGGCGUGUCACCCGCUCUGAACCUGCUCUGGAUGGUGAGUGCUGAGCAGGGCAGGAGCUCCCAGGGAGCACCCCCAGCCCAGGACAGAGGGGCAGGCAGGGGCAUUGAGGUCGUGUUCUCUGUCUCUUCAGUUUCACAGUAAACUUCUGCAACGUGUUCAUUCAAAAGUUGGGUUUCUACAACAUAAUUACCAGGAAAUGUUGGAGCCAGGACUCGCAGCACCUAUAUGUGUAUUUGCUAAGGGAAUUAAUGCUAUUUUCCAUGUGGAUUUUCAUGAGCUGCUGCAGGAACUGGGGAAGAAAAGGCUUUAAGAAAUACCAAAGUCCAACUCCUGCCAUUUAUCUUUAUGCUUUUUGUUUUCUUCUGCGUUUUCAUGUCUACUUUUGCUUUAAUAAAGCAAGGAGAAUUUCACCAUGUUCACAGUCCCAAAGAAGCUGUCCCUGAGGCUCUCCUUGGGCUGCUGAGCCCUGGCGUGGGGCCCCCCUGGGUUGGCAGCUGAGAGCCAACCAUCUCUGUGUGGAUUCCCUGACUCAUCUCGGAGGUGUGGGGGGGUUCUGAGCUGGCUCACUCUGGGUCGUGGCUCGGCCCAUCAGCUCCUGCCCAAGGCGGCAGAUGGAGGACAAGGGAUCCAGACUUUGGCAUCUCCCUGGGAGCAGUGUUUGUGCAUGGAUGGGCACCAUUUCAUAAUAGAGGGUGUGGGAUAAAGGAUGCUGCCUUUGGUGUGGGCAGGAGGGGCGCUCCCUCAGCCCUGUGUCAUGCCAGAAGCAGUGAGACAGAUGAACUGGUGCAAUGGCAUGCGGCAUUCCCAGGGCAGGGAUCACCGACCUGUGCCCACCUGAGCCUGACGGGCUCCUGACAGCACCCCCUGCCUUGGCAGGGAGCUCAGCUCAGCAGGAGCAAGGCAUCAGGACAGCAGCUCUCUGCUUGGAGAGGCUGUGGUUGAGUCUGGUUGAGCUGGAGAGCUGGCAGCAUCCACGUGCCACUGCCGUAAUGUCCAUGAGGCCCUUUGUGCUUGGCCCAGGGGACAGGGUGCUCAGUGAGGGAGGUGAAGCUGGGGCAGCACUCUCCCUGCGGUACCACUCCUUGCUCUGGGCCGUGGGGUUGUCUGGGCUGUGGUCUGUAGGGAGUGCUGAGGGGUACCCGAGGUACCACCUGCUUCCCAAGAGCAGCUGCCCUCACAGUCACCUCCCACCACCAGCCAGCCCUGCUGUCCCCAUGGUGUCCCUUCCCUUGCUGAGCUCUUGGCCUGGAUGUUUCAAUAACAUAAUGUAUGCUAAAAUUAUCUAUCUCUAUAUAAAAUACAGGCAUGGGCCAUUUUCUAUUGCUAAGGAUAUCUAUUUAGUGACAUGCUCUAAGAGUCCUCUCUGAUUGCACACUGAGGUACUGGAUUCUCUGCAGGAGAUGAGUCAGAACGUGCCAAUUUAAUGGAGGCUUUUAAUUAUUUUUCUUGCUGGGUGCUGCCCAGUUUGCAAAGGUCUCCCUUUUUGUGGCAUGCACAGAGCACACCCUGGCAUAGGCUGGGGUCGGUAUCAGCUUCUCCAGCUUUCCCGUGUCUUCUUGAGGUUUGACAGGGACAGCGUUUGCAUUUGGGGAACAACAGAGUGCCCCUUGUUUCUUCCCUCUUUGACUUGCACAAAGUGGCCUCAGACAUUUGGGCAGAAUGCUGGGAUUACAGAGAGUGUCUGUUCUACCUGUUUGCAGGCCCAGGGCUGGCUGUGGGCACUGCAGAUGGCUGUGGGCAGGCAGGAUGUCCUGGCCCCUUCGGGUGGAGCAGAGCCUCUCCUGCCCACUGGUGCUUGCUCCCUGCACUCAUUCCCUUCAGCAGCAGAGGGACAUUGUGCUUGUGACUCAUGGAGUAAAUCUCUGCACCCACAUAAACCCUUAGCAAGUGGAUAAAAGCUGCUCUGUGUGCCGGAUAUUUGGUGUUCUGUGGCAAUUUUAUGCUGUUUCUCUUUAUUAACAUGUCUCUGUAAUAAUAAGAGUUCUCUGUUUGAUAUAUUUUAUUUUCUUUGUAAUAAGCCAAAAAGCUCAUUGCUGGUGCCUUUUUGCCUGGGGGGGGCCUCCCAGCCCACAGCUGUGUUCCUGGGAGUAACAAAGGCCAGUGUCUGCAAUUGCUUCUUCCACCAGGGCUGGGGGAAAGAGAGAAGCCAACGCCACAGCAUUGCCAGAAGAAAAAGAGCCAGCAGCCUUGGAGUGUCAGAGAGAGUUUGGGGUAUGAUGUUGGUUCUUUCCUGGCUCCAAGGUGAGGGAUGAGCAUGAUACUGGGGACACCUUGGCCCCUUUUUGGUGGGACUGUGACCCUGGAGACCCCACAAACCGUGUGAUGCAGGUGCAGCACACACAGCCUGGUCUGGCCCAGUUUGGAACCGCAGUGCUUUGUCCAAGUUAUAGCAUUACCUGAGGGUAAAUUCUCCCAGAGAAGGAAUUAGUUGGAUUGCUGACACAGCUGCUUUUUUUUGUGUGUUUUGUUUUGGUUUGUUUUUUUGUUGGUUUUUUUUUUUCAAUUGGAACUGAAACAUUGGAUAAGGAAGAGAAAGCCCCAGAGUGUUCUGGUACCAUGGGGGCUGGACUGUGGUGACAGAUGCUGCUGGGGCCAGUGGGGUGGAGUGCAGGAUGCCCUAAGGACAGCUGCAACUCACAAGUCCUCAUGUGGGACUGAAGGAUGUCUGUUUCUGUAACCAAAGAGAGGGGCCUGCCUGGCACCUAGGUAAAGAAACCAAUGCCACCGCGUUGGGGGUAAAUGAAAAUUCUCAUUUCUCCUUCAGCCAUGCUUGGGGCCCAUGUGAGCCCUCAGCCAUGCCACAGGGUGGCCCCUCACGCUUGGUGUUCAGCUCUUCUUGUAACCUGAAAGUCUGCUGUUGUUCUCAGUCCAAUAAAUGCAGAAUCUGGUUUGCUGGAGCUCUAUUCUCUGCCCGAAUUUGGCUUUUGUGUGGAUUUUGUGCAUGAAAUUGCUGUGGGUGUGAUGGCUGCCAGCAAGCAAAGGCUCUGGGAAUCGGUGGGUCAUUUGCCAGUAGAUGAGGCUGCACAUUGGGUCAUUGUAGGCUUUCUUCUACAGUCAGAUUUCACUAUUAAUCAAGUCUGAACGUGUAAUUUAAUUACAUAUCAAUUGGCUAAUCCUUUCAUAUAUUCCUCUUUUGGUCUUUUAAAUUGAAUUUCAGUUAAUUAUUGUAUUUCUCAAAGCAAGGAGCUAAUAAAGGCCAGUGUCCUCCUGCUCUUGUCA